AUGAGUCAUCCACAUGGUCAAUUAAACGUGGCAAUUGUUGAAGGACGAAAACUAAAAGACGAAGAUGCUAUUGGAAAAAAUGAUGCUUACAUUGAAUUAUAUGUGAAUAAAGAUUAUAGACAAAGAACAUCGACUAGAAAAAAUAUGAAUAAUCCAAUAUGGAACGAAACAUUUAGCUUUAAUCUACUAAAACAUUAUGAUAAUUUACAUUUACAUGCUUACGAUGAUGAUAUUGUUGGCCAGGAUUCUAUUGGCUCUUGUAAAAUCGAUUUGAACAAACAUGUCUUUGGCAAAGGUGUCUACGAUGAUUGGGUGAAACUACCUGCACAUUUAGGUUUAGGAAGUCAUGGAGAAAUACACGUGAUCAUCCAACAUAUUGUACAGCCUUUCUAG